GAUGGCAAUAUUCAGAGAAAAGAUGUGGAUGUCGCCAGUAGCACACAGACAGUCAUUUAGUGUGCCCAUCCAGAUCACUCUACAGGGCAGCCGCAGACAUUACUUGAGGGAAGCCUUUUCUCCAGUAUCCGGCAAGGUGAAGAGGAAAGAGAGCGGCAGCGAUGGGGUGAAGACAACCGAUAAGAUGAAGAAGCAAGUGUCCAAUGCUGGGGAAGAUAGAGCCAUGCUGCUGGGCUUCACUAUGAUGGGUCUCUCAGUAAUGAUGUUCUUUUUACUGGGGAUCGCAAUACUGAAACCAUUCAUGCUCAAUGUAUGGAAUGAAGAAUCCAACUGUACAAUUAUCCAGGCUGAUAUAAUGGACGACUGGGUGGACUGUUCCUUCACAUGUGGUGUAGACUGCCAUGGCCAAUCCAAAUAUCCCUGUCUUCAGAUACUGGUAAACGUGUCUGCUUCUGGUCAUGUUGCUGCCCUGCAUUAUAAUGAAGAGGCUGUCCAGAUCAAUCCCAAAUGCUUUUAUGUUCCAAAGUGCCAAAGAGACAAGAACGAUUUACUGGAUGGCGUUCUAGAUGUGAAACAGUACUUUGAACGCAAAAAUGACACCCCUUUUGCAUGCUUUCAUCGACCUGACAAUAAACCAGAAGAUGUUAUACUAAUUAAAAAGUACGAUCGAUCGGUAGUGUUUCAUUGCCUGUUUUGGCCAACUCUUAUGCUCGUCGGUGGAGCCUCCAUAGUAGGCAUGGUGAAACUGACUCAGCAUUUAUCCCUUAUGUGUAUGGUCUACUACAGUCCAUCAAAAGAGGAAGCCGCCAAUGUGACCCCACGCCCAGACUCUCAGCAGAGCAGAACCAAAAAGGAUGAAAAGACUUUGAGAUGGAGAUUACAUUCCCAAAGUAUGACUCGUGCAUCAUUUAGUUAACUUCGAGAUUUACAAGAUGACCAUUUCAAAGGUCUUUUUGCUCGUCAGAUAAAAGUGUAGCGUAGAACUAAG